CGGAUUAUCCGUUUAUAUUUUUUCAGUCGUUUGUGUAUUUUAUACUUCGAAAUAGAAAGUAAUCAUUGAUCGAAAAUGAAGUAAUAGGAUUUUCUAGUACCUAUUCUUUUUUUUUAUAACUGACGAGUAUGUAUUGGACCUACGCGAUUUUCUUCCUAUUUAUUUCCUCAGUUACCGCAGGAGAAUCCUCCAAUGUUCCCGCCACUAAUACCGAGCUCAUUCAAAAGUACAAACAGGAAAUAUGUCAGCUAAAGGAUACAUGCGAUGUUAUAAAAGAAAUCCCACCAACGCUUCAAGAUUUAAGAACGAGAAAUUGCAUGUGCGAUGACAAAUGCCAUUACUACAAAGAUUGCUGUCGUGACACAAAUCGAACCGAAGAUGACAUAGGGGUACAAUUUCUCUGCACCAAGACUCCGUUCGAUGGAGAUGUCUACAUGAUUCAAUCAUGCCCCAAAGAAUGGAACGUCACGUCUAUCAAAGAGAACUGCUUGGCUCAAAAUCCUGUAACUCUGUCCUACGACAUUCUCCUUAAACUACCAGUAACCAGCACAUCAAAUGGAGUCACGUACGGUAAUGUGUUUUGCGCUAUUUGCCACGAAGAAACCAAAUAUGAUUUUUGGAACGUUGGUUUCACAUAUGAGUUCAUUAAUGUUUCUUCCACCUCACUCAAUAGCGACGAUAGAUCCAUCGAUGUUAAAGAUAUACUCGAUAAUCUAAGUUUCAACGAAACAGGAGAGAUGAUUUGGAGUUCACAAGUGAAAGAAUCAUUCUAUCGAUGCAAUUUACAAGCAAAAUUACCAUCUAGAAUAACUUCUCUUCGGUAUUGCGUGCCAGAUGUGAUUCGAUCGUGUGCAAAUGGUACCAUAUGCGAAGGGUAUUCUUCAUAUGUUUAUAUCGGCGACACAGUUUACAAAAAUUCGGAAUGUGCUGAAUGCAACGACAUAAAGUCGAACGAAUUAAAAGGCUGUUCUCAAACUACAAAAAUAUCCGACGAAAAUGUGACUGAAAUCCUCAUAACGGAUUCAUCUGUACCAAAAGUUCCUCAUUGCGAUGAUUUUCCAGUGGACACCCCAGCUCAAAACCUGAUUUGCAAGAAACAAGACCACACACCUGAAGAGACUUCAACAGAAGAAUGCUACUUUCUGCAAAAAUCAAAGAAACCAUUCUGCUACAUCAAUAAAUUUUACCAUCUAACAAACCAGGAAUUCUAUUACGUGAAUAACGAGACCGUUUUCGUUAAAGAAUACGAUUGGGAAUUUCCCGAGUACGAAUGGGCAGCCUUAAACAAUACUACAAUAUACGUUUGCGGUCGACAAAUUCCAAAGACUCGGUAUCAACGCAUCAUGGACUACAUAAACGAUCUAAUCACCGAAAUACUCAUCAAAAUAUCCAUCGUCUGCGUCGUUCUCCACUUGCUGGCAUUCUGGCAAUUACCCGAAUUGCGAAAUUUAUCGGGUAAAAACUUGGCCUCCUUUUGCGUAGCCUUAUUAGCGGCUUUUUUAUCGUACGAUAUCGGACCCUGGCUACCAUCAUGCGAAACACUCGCUAUCCUAACGCAUUACAGUUUUUUAAGCUGUUUCGCUUGGAUGCUGAUAAUGUCUUACGAUGUUUGGUUCACUUUAUACAGAGCGACCUCCCAAUCUCGCACAUCAGCUGGAAAUCAUCGAAUAACCUUUCUCAUUUACUCGAUACUUGCUUGGACCUUACCCUUAUGCGUAGUUGGACCCGCUGUUUACGUAGAAUUUGCUCCCAGCAACGUUGUAAGUUGCGACCUUAAACCAGCCUAUGGUAAAUUUGACCAAUGCUUCAUCGCGCAAAAAAUGCCUUUCAUUUAUUUUUUUUUCAUACCAGCGACGACGAUAUUUUUCAUAAAUAUUUGUUUCUUCGCGCAUACAGCUUACCGUAAACUGGGGUAACAUUGAAAUCGCGGGGUAACAUUGAAGGGUGCGGUUUUUCAUCAUAUUAUGCUCCAUGGCGGUGGAACUAUGAAGUAUGGAACAAUUCUGACACCGGGAAUGGAUAGAGUACACUUUGGCGAUUAUUUUUCCUAUUUUAUCAUUUUCAACUAGUGGUUCCAACACCAGUGAAAAAGCAAGCGAAAAAAAGUGCUGUUUUUAUCAAUUUUAAUUAACAUGAAAAGCUUGGUGUCUGGAAUUUUGAAUAUUCAAAGAACGAGUCAAGUGACAUUAUAGAUGUGUUGGUACAUCUCCCGACUAUAAAUUAGCGCAUUUGUUCAUGUGCGAAAGUUGUUCCCUGAGGAGUAAAAAAAUAAUAUUCAAACUGGGGUAACUUUGAAGUCUAUAAAAAAAUCAUGAAAUUUUGGUAAAAUUGGACGAAAAUGCAUGAAAAUGCUUGUAAACUUGUUAAAAACGAUGUGAAAACUUGAAAAACAGCUCUAAAAUCAUUAAAAAAUCAUAAAAUUGGAUCAAAUUGGCCAAAAUGCAUGAAAAACGCCUGAAAACUAGAAAAAUUCCAAAUUAUCAUUUUGGAGCACUCUUUCAUAAAUUCAAUUGUGAAUAUGGAUCAUUUUGUAAGUACUUGACGCGUAUAAAGUGACCAAAAAGUGAAUACUCAUGUUUUUGAUAAUUUUUGACCUUGAUUGAAGCACAUUUCAAGGGGUCUUCAAAGUUACCCCAAACGCUGGGUAACUUUGAAGGGCACUUCUUUUGGCUCUUGCGCUUGACAGGAAAAAGGUAGGCAACUUCUGUAACCGCCAAAACGUAGUGCUGACAUAGCUUUAUCAAAAGCACCACACACAUUUCCCCUACCUCCGCCAUUCAUACCUCUAAACAUAAAAAAUACUGAAAAAUCCUUCAAUGUUACCCCAGUUUACGGUAUAUGAUUUAUCUAACUCAACGUAACACUGUUAAUCCGAAUACACGAAGUGAAUUCCUAUUGUGCAUCAGGUUAGGAUUGCUAAUAGGUCUAACGUGGACUUUAGGAUUUUUCGUUACUGUCACGAGCAGCGAAAUUAUCAGCCUCUUAUUCAAUGUUUUCAACAUGUCGCAAGGUAUUUACAUAUUUUUCGGAGUCACUUUCAAAAGAAAAACUGCUAAAGGUUUAUUACAACUUCAUAGAGAUAAUAAAUUUGUAAGCUUUACUCUUUCGACGUUUGUAUCGAACGCUGACAUGAGCAGCACCGCUGCAUCCGAAAAUAAUUAGGGGCAUUGUUGGAUACCUCCAAAAAUGUUGGACCCAAAAAAAGUUUACCCCACCCCAGCUUUGAAUAAAAAAACUUGAUACUACUCAAAAUAAUAGGUAUAUUAUAGAAGAAACACGAGUCUCACCACGUGAAUUUUUUCAAAAAUUUUUGGCCUUCCAGGGGGGGGGGAUAUUGACCAAAGAAAAUUUGAAACCGAUCUUUCUUUUUGAAAGAUGUGUCGAUGUCGUAAACUUUCGACUUAUUUUGUGCUUUUUUGCACUAUUAUUAGGUACCAAUACAUGCGUGUUCUGAUCACCCUGCACAUUAUUUUAAGCAUACACAGUUACAUUUUAAGAAUUUUUAUUAAAUUAUUCAUCUUUA